AUGGAUUUUAAAUCUCGAUUUAAGGGAAAGAUGACAGUGAUGAAUAAAGACGGAGUCAUAGCCAUGGUGAAUAAACCCUCCUUACCGAUUGUCAAAAGCAAUCAGUAUUAUUAGGAAAAUGAAGAUUCCUCCCCUACAAAAAAAUAAACAAGUCUCUACACUGAAGGAAUCAGAGAAUCCAAAUCUCAUGUCUUUACCAACAUUCAGGUAUCUCCCAAAUAAAAAAACUCAACCAAAUAUUCCUAAAAAUUUUCUAAUGCUGGGAAUUAAGUGAUCAAAUCUACUUAAAUUGCAUCUAAGUAAUAACCUCAAUUUGAUGAUCCCAACAACUCACUCAAACAACUGCAAUUAAGAAUACAACCAGAUUUCAAUUAGAUUGAUAUGGAUGAAUAUGAAAUUGUUGCCAUUCCUAAAACCAUGUUGGGAUAACUACGUCAAUAAAUGAGUGUUGAUAGAUAUGCUCUCACUCACAGUUUUGUUCCAGACAAAAAAUAAUUGUUUGAAUUUCCCUAGUUCUCACCAGAAGUGACUACUCAAUAUACACAACAUCAUUAAACUCCUCAUUUGAAGAAACAAUACACCAUUGAUUCAGCAACAAUGCAGCAAAAACCCCUCUUUAACAAGUAGAAAUCGGAGAAGCUCGAUAGAACUAAUAAAGUCAUUCAAUAAGCAGGACUUGGCACUCUUAGACACAACACUUAUACUAAAAGAUGA